AUGCUCAAGUUACUAACAGUCUUAGCUUUGCUCUAUCUGAGCUGAGUUUCAUGCUUCUUGAAGGAAUCUACCAGAACUAGUGACUACAACGUGAAGAGUCUUUUAGAAGUCAAUAUUGGAGGCUAUAACUAUCUCAUUGACCAAAUUUGCUCGUUCUCCGAGAAUAAGAUCAAGCAACAAUUUAUUCUGCUUUCGAUAUUGUGACUGACUAUAAUGAAGGAAAAAUGAUGGUUUAUACCACUCAAUUGCUGAAUUGAUAUUUUUAAGUGUUGAGAAAGUUUGAAAUUCAAAAUUCCAUUCAUAAAAGAGAAAGCUUGAUUAAUUAUAAAAAUGGAUUAUCUUGGAGACAUUGGCAAGGAUUCUAAACAAUUGUGCAAUAGAAUUUUAGACUUAAAAUUAUCUUUAGAUUUAAUUCUGAAAUAACAACCAAACUGGACAAUGCUACUUUAAUGAAGUUCCAAAACUCAGUCUUGAAGAUUACUUCACAGACCUAAUGAGCAAUCAUUUCAGAUUCGCCGGGAACAAAGUCGGAUAUCCAAACGAGCCAGGAUCAAAGUCAAUGCUCUAUGUCCAGAUCAUUCAGAACGAGAAGGGUGAAGACGUUGCGUAUCCAGCCAAGUUCCACUCAUACCACCCUGACCAAGAGAUCUCAGAAAGCUACGGGAGUUAUCUCGAAACAGUUCAUUACAUCGAGGUGAGUCCAUCAGACUUUGAAUACCCCGAGUGUGUAGAGGCCUCUGAUGGUGAGAUUGAGCUUGCAUACUCACUUGGACUGUCAGGAGUACCUCUCAACUAUCUGCACAAGCCAAUGUAAAGCCAAGGUCAUUAGCUUUCUGGCCCAUAAUCAUUACGCUUUUGGAUAAAAUUCAGGCCUAAAUCUUCUUAAUUCAAAUUCUGAA